AUGACACCACCUCACGACUGGGCUCUAGUGAAGAGGACACGAUUCUCGUCACCACCAAUGAACCAAAUCGCGAUCUCUUCCUCCAACGACGAACGACAGCAGGCACUAAUUCGAACAGUGCAGCGAAUGAGCAGUCUUGAAGCUCCCAUCGUCAGUCUCAGCGGAUCGCAUGGGUUAGCAGAGAUUCUAAGCUGUAGGUUCGACCCUACUGGCCAAAAUAUCACAGCUUGCAGUGCAGAUCGAAGCGUUUCUCUUUGGCAAAGAUAUGCGCCGAAUACCAACUAUGGACUACUCGCGAACCUACACAAAGCUCCCAUCCUCGACCUUCAAUGGUCGCUUUUCUCUCCUUUGCUGUAUACCGUUUCAGCGGAUCACACCCUGAACGUGACAGACCUCACUACUGGCACUGAGUUGGUGGUGACGGGUGCCGAUGAUGGGACGGUGAGAGUCUGGGAGGGUGGAGAUGAAGGUCCUAAGACACCGAUAAGCAUGUUCGAGCUCAGCUGUCCAGUCACGUCUGUGUGCUGUAGUGCAGAUGGCAUGAACAUCUAUGGAGGCGCGCUGGACAAUAAAAUCCAUGUUCUGGACUUGUGCAAAAAUGAGCAGGUGUACAGCCUCACAGGACACACGGACAUGCCGACCUCGCUGUCUCUGUCACCUAACCGGUCCUUCCUGCUCUCCCCUUCAUUCUCUUCCCAGACCAUCAUCCACAACGUCCGGCCGUUCUCGCCGUCGCCUGCGCAUAUCCACCGCGUGUUGAUGAGUGCGCCCGCCGGUCUUGAGAACAUCUUGUUGAGAGGCGUGUGGAGCAAAGAUGAUAACGGUCGGCACGUCGCCGUUGGAGGAGUAGACCGCACAGUCUGCAUGUGGGAUGUCGAGAGCGGCAAAGUGCUGUACAAG